CUGUGUUAACUGUUUCACAGACCAGUAAAUAAAUAACUUGUGCUCGUACUAACACGUAUAUACGUGUACCUACGUAUUUUAAACUUUGGAGUAAAACAAAUUAAAUAAAUAUGAGUAUAAAAGUAGCCGUCGUAACCGGUAGCAACAAAGGGAUAGGGUUCGCGAUAGUUCGCGGACUUUGCAAGAGAUACAAAGGCGUUGUUUACCUUACAUCGCGCGACGUCGAAAGGGGGGAAAAAGCGGUUGCUGACCUGAAAAAAGAAGGUUUGAGCCCAAAGUUCCACCAAUUGGACAUCACGGAUAACAAAAGUGUCGAAAUAUUCAGUAGUUACAUAAAAGCAUCUUAUGGAGGCAUUGACAUUAUGGUGAAUAACGCAGCCAUUGCAUUUAAACGAAACGCAACUGAAUCGGUCGCAGUUCAGGCCGAGAAAACUUUGUUUGUUAACUACUUUUCUACACUUUCAACGUGCGAACAACUCUUCCCUUUACUGCGUGACGGCGCUCGAGUGGUGAACAUAUCCAGUUCUUGCGGCCAUUUAACUAAUAUACCCAGUGAAAAUCUGCGGCAGCGUCUCCAAGAUCCUUCUCUGACGGUGUCAGAGCUGUCGAACUUGAUGCGUGAAUACGUAGAGGCAGCCAAACUGGGCACUCAGGCAGCUGAGUGGGGUAAUUCAUCAUAUGUUGUCUCCAAAGUUGGUUUAACAGCCUUGACUAAAAUACAGCAGAGAAUGCUUAAUGACAGAGAUAUAAAAGUAAAUGCAGUGCAUCCUGGUUAUGUGGACACAGACAUGUCCUCGCACAAAGGCCCCCUAAAGAUUGAUGAGGGUGCAGAAGCUCCGUUAUUCCUGGCGCUGGAUGCUCCAGAUUCAGUAAGAGGUGAGUUCAUAUGGUACAACAAGAAGAUUGUGUCUUGGGACGGUGAAAUACCAGAAGAGAAAUACUAGUACCUUGCUGUGUCCUACUAAAAUCAAUAAUUACAUCAUCAUCAUCACAUCAACCGAUAGACGUACACUGCUGGUGCAUAGGUCUUUUGUAGGGAGUUCCAAGUUCCACGGUUCUGAGCCGCUUGGAUCCAGCGGCAAUAAUUAUAAUAAUACUUAAUGGGCUAUUUCAGUAAAUAUUUGCCUUUCUAUAUUCUGGCUGCUCAAAGUGAUAAAGGGGAUGUUAUCUGAAGUGCCCUUUCUAAAACUUCAAAUUAUCAUGAUUUUUUAUUUGCCCUAAUAACAAAUGGGAAAUCAUUGAAAACUUUGUCAAUAUACAAACUUACAUCUAUUUAUAAAAACACUUUUUAUUUGUACAGCACUUUUGUAAGAUUACCCAGAUUGUUUAAUAUUGUUUUAUAUGUUUAAGAUGAGCAUUGACCUCUAUUAAUAUCACUAGGAAUGGCUAGAGUGGCUUUAAACAUGCACUAAGCAAUAUUAUUUUGCCAUUGUCACAUUGAAAGAGACUACUCUGCUGGAGCAUUAUUAUCCAUGUUUGUGUAUUAUUAUAUCCACAAGUCGCAUUUAUAUAGUAUACACAUAGAAUUCAAAAUGAAAUGUAUAUAAAAUAACUUUUUUAGUAA